UAUCGCUACUUUAAAUACAAGAUGGCGGCAAUGGUGGGUGCGUGAUUGUGAAAAGCACGCCUUCGGUGUUUUCAGCGUGUCUUUCGAAAAUGUUGUCAAGGCAAUUCAUAUCUGAUCCCCGAAAAUACUCCGCCCUCUUGCGUUCGCUCACCGGCGUGCGCACAGGAAGGAAUAGCUGCUUAAAACAGCCAGGAUGUCGACGCUACGGGAGUGGGUCGCACGGCGAUGGCAACAAGUCUGUGGUACACAAGCAGAUCACGAUGGAUGAUAUACCUGGGUUUAUAGGACCGUGGGAGGAGAAGUUCGCAGAAACGCAGCGGAGAUUCAAUCGGCGACUAAUCGUAGGAAUCGCGUUUUUUACGAGCACGGCCGCGUACGCCUGGUACUCGGGCUCACUCGAUUACGUCGAUGCACCGCCCAUGAAAAAUCCGGACUACAAGAAGACCGCCGCUACUACCGCAAAACCGAAAUCGCUCGGUGGCACAAAAGUGCAACCAGCCACACAUACGAAGCUACCGGAGUCUGUUCCAUACCUGCUCGUCGGUGCCGGCACGGCGUCUUUUUCUGCUUUCCGAGCGAUCCGCUCUGCCGACCCAACGGCGAAAGUGCUCGUGAUCGGCGAAGAGCCUUACAAGCCGUACAUGAGGCCGCCCCUCUCGAAGGAACUAUGGCUCUCCGACGAUGCGCGCAAGACGCUUAGUUUCAAGCAGUGGAACGGCCGCGAGCGCAGCAUAUUUUUCGAGCACGAGGACUUCUACUGCCCCCCUGACCAGUUGAUGGAGCGGGAGACUGGCGGCAUCGCAGUCGUAAGCAACUGUCGCGUGGCUCGCAUCGACUCCGAGGCCCAGAAAGCGAUCCUGGAGGACGGCCGUGAGAUUCGCUACGAAAAGUGCCUCAUCGCCACUGGCGGUCAGCCCAAGAACCUGCCCGUGUUCGAGAAACCCGAGUUGUCCGGUAAGGUAACGCUGUACCGCACCGUGGACGACUUCAAGGCGUUAGACGAGCUGUCGCGGCGCGCCAAAUCAAUGGUGAUCGUUGGCGGUGGCUUCCUGGGCAGUGAACUGGCCUGUGCCCUCGGUAGACGCGGCAUGAAGACGGGUCUCACCGUUUACCAGGUGUUCUCCGAGAAAGGCUGCAUGGGCCGCGUGCUUCCGGAGUACCUGUCUCGUUGGACGACGGAGAAAGUGCGCGACGAGGGCGUCCAAGUGAUUGGUAGCGCCCGCAUCACCGAGGCACAGCCGGGACCUCGCGGCCAAGUGCUGUUAAAGCUUAGUUCGGGCCAAGAGAUCGCCACCGACCACGUCGUUGUAGCCGCCGGUCUGGAGCCCAGCACCGAGCUGGCGAAGGCGUCGGGCCUCGAGGUAGACGAUAGGAUCGGAGGGUUCAAAGCGAACGCCGAGCUAGAGGCUCGCUCGAACCUCUGGGUUGCGGGUGACGCGCUGUCCUUUUACGACACCAAGUUGGGGAGGCGACGCAUAGAGCACCACGAUCACGCCGUCGUCACGGGCCGUCUUGCCGGCGAGAACAUGACGGGCGCCCGCAAACCAUACAAGCACCAGUCAAUGUUCUGGUCUGACUUGGGACCCGACGUGGGCUACGAGGCGAUCGGCAUCGUCGAGUCUCACCUGCAGACGGUCGGCGUUUUCGCGCGCCCUACCGAACCGGAGGACGAGGAGACCGUGGAAACUACGCCGGUCGCGACUAACGUGAGCGCCAAGCGUGACGACCUGCCCCGGUCUCCGGGCAACGGUGACGAUUACGACAAGGGGGUCGUGUUCUACCUCCGAGACGACGGAGUUGUUGUGGGCAUCGUCCUGUGGAAUAUCUUCAACAGGAUGUCGGUGGCGCGCAAGAUUAUAAACGAGCACAAAGCGUACGAGGACUUCAGUGACCUCGCUAAACUGUUUGACAUUUACGGCGAGGAUUGAAACCUUUCCCCAGGCACCUGGGAAUAGUGUUGUAGUGCCUAAACUGCAUACCAGUGCAGUGUUUAUGCAUAAGCGUUUAUUAUUUAGGUCGAUGUAUUCUUUUUUGUUCCUCACAUGGAAUUGCAAACGUAGGAACUUUCAUGUAGCUUAUCUAUGUUGAGUUUUUAUUGUUUAUUGCCAAAUGUUCUGCUAACUUAGUAUUUCGAAUGCAUUGCCCAGCCCACGUUACCAUGCUGCAUCAAUACUUGCGGGCACUUCGAAAGAGUGGAAGUACGCGUAUAACUUAAUUUCGUCAUUUAUUUGUGCAUCUAUGCUGUGAAGGCUACAUUCCGCACAAUUGAAGUAUCUGUCUUGGUCUUUGUUUUCAUGUUCCUUGAGCCACCUGAACGUUAGACAAGUAUGCCAUAGUCACGCACUUGCCAUUACAUUUCAUGCGCUUAGCCCGGUGGGAGGCAGAGGGCGUACGGGUCACUGCCAUGAACAGCCAAUUGAGAAAAUGGAACGUUCAAAGAGCUACUCGAUUUCAUUAGUUUGGCUGAGUUGUACGUUGUUAUAUUGUUUUUUUCAUUUGAGAAUUUCUGAGACAUGCAGGCCUGCUUGUUAUGUUUGUACUGCUGUACAGAUAAGCUGCAGUGACAAUAUGCACUGGGUUCGUUAGCAUUAUAUGAGGUACUAAAGAUGCUCGCCAUCUUGGUUUGUUGUAGAACAUUCUACGUCAUGCCACAUUUUGAAUACAAUUUUGAGAAAGUAUUGUACAUGA